AGUCGGGUCGAUUGCUGAACUGAAAUUUGGGUAUAUAUGUAUAUAAGCGUUUUUUUUUUUCGAUUUGAGUAUAAACGUUGUCUUGAUGCUAUCUAGAAGACACCAAAAGAACCAGACCCGAAUCACCCGAUACGAUACGACCAACUACCGCAGUAAGCUAGAGAGAGAGGGAGAGAACUAAGAAGUGAAGUGGGGAGGUUAGGUUGGAAGACUGAAGACUGAAGACUUGGAUGAGUUGGUUAUAUAUACAGAACAGUUGAUGAAGCGGAAGAAACGAAAUGGAAGACAAAGACAUCUUUUUAAGCCCUCCUCCAUUUUGAGAAUUGAGACAAGCAAUCAUGAGUGUGCUUUUGCGUUUGUACGUCUGUGGGUCCUCUUCCAAUUCCUGAACCUCGCUUUCAUUCUAAUGCUCCCUCUCUCUCAUCCUGUGGGUCUGGGUCUGGGUCUGCACUCUGCAACGCAGAGGGAAUCGAAGGACAUAAGCAUGGAAUUUCAGGACGGGGUUUUAAUUAUAACUGACUCCAUAUUCGUCAACGCAACUGUCGUAGUAUGGGCACUUCACCAUUUCUCGGUUGGGCCGAAGGAUUUGAGAAUCAUCACUCAAGCAUCUCUUCUGGAAGGGAGUCUUUAUUUUGAAUCUUCUUCAUUGUCCACUAUAGUCUCAAUUUCGGAGAAGCCCGGUUUUCACACUCAGCUCUGGUUAUUAGAAUUAGCCAAAGUUCUUAAACCUGGUGGUUCGGUGUUUCUGCAAGAACCGUUUUUCUUUGACGAGAACAAAGAAGCAGUCUUGAGGGAGUCCAGAUCUUCUUUAGAACGCAACCUUCUGUUUGCAGGUUUCUCUUCCUUAGAGAAUUCUGAAUGCCUUGACCAUUCUGCUGAAAUUGAUUCAUCACUUCAAAAUUUUGAGAUUAUUGCGAUCAAAGCAAAGAGAUCUUGCAACCCACAAACUUCCUUCACUUCUCAUAAGAGAUCAGUGCAGAAUAGGGAAAUUCCCGUGGUUGAUGUUAGUAGCACAUUAUCGCCGCAGAUAGAGGAUAUGAAUGACUUGAUUGAUGAAGAUACUUUGCUUGCACCAGAGGAUAUAAAGAAGCCUGAGAUGCCACUAGACAACAAUUUUCUAUUAAGGGAGCGGAUACGAGAACGCAAUCGUCUCUAUCAGCGUAGACGCCGGGCACGGAUGUCUGAAGAGCAAAGAAAUCGUGAAAGAGAGAGAAGGCGGCAGUAUAUGCAAAGCCGAAGAGUACAGCCAAUUAGCUAUGACACACCAGUCCCUCUGCCAAUUAGUUAUAAUGGACAUAAUGAAUGUGAACAGAAUCCCCUCUGUGCUCAGCAGCUUUUAGAAGCUCAAGGCAUUGAGUUGGAAAAUAACCAGGGCAUGGGAGAGGCACGGGAAGCUUCAUAGUAGGGAAAAAGGUAAUAAUGUGAGGGAGAACUAGUAUGGUAUAUACUUUGCCUGUGAACAAGUUUAGAUCUGAAGUGCCAAAUGCUGCACUGCAAAGGGCUUGAUUGACUGAAUACUGGAAAAAUAACAUGCCAAUAAAAGGUUUGGCCAGUGCAAUACAGUGGAUAAUUUAACUGAAAAAAGUCAAAAGUAACUAUUUCACAUUUAGAAACAAAUGUGAAUAUUGUUAGUCCUAGAAGUAGAGGACUAUCAUCAUGCUUUUAUGAUUUUUUUUUUUUUUUUUUUUUUUUUUUUUUUUUUGGUCAUUGUAGUUUACAUAUUGUAGAAACAAACUUGACCACUACAUAUGAAGAAACAAACAUUCCCAGUGUGAAA